GGUGUACUAAUUUGGUCUGAAACCAAAAUGUUAUCAGCUAACCCAACGCCAUUAGUGAACCUUGAAACCUUAACAGAGUAAACUUGCUUGCAGCGAAUCCAGAUUCGGAGGAGGAGUGAGUGGUCCUUGUUGCUGAUUUGGCAACAACAAAUAAAGAUGAUAGUUUGAGUUUGAGUUUGUGUGAAUCCAGAUCUGAGUUUCAUUUCGCAGUUUUGCGGAGAAGAGAACAAUGGAGUCAGCAACGGUAUCAUCAUCGGAGUCGGAGACGGCGCUUCCUCUUCCUCUGGCGUCGGAGUCACAGCAACCCUACGUCUCCGAACUUCUCUCCUUCACGCUCGAUCGCCUCCACAAGGAACCCGAACUCCUCCGCGUCGACGCCGACCGCAUUCGCCGCCAAAUGCAGGAGGUCGCAGUCGGCAACUACCGAUCUUUCAUUGCCGCCGCCGACGCCUUAAUCGCCAUUCGCCAGGAAGUUUCUUCCAUUGACAACCACCUUGAAUCUCUGAUAAAUGAGAUCCCAAAGCUGACAUCUGGAUGCACUGAGUUCAUAGAAUCUGCUGAGCGGAUUUUGGAGAAGAGGAAGAUGAACCAAACAAUGCUAACUAAUCACAGUACUUUGCUUGACUUGCUAGAAAUUCCUCAACUCAUGGACACAUGUGUACGGAAUGGGAAUUAUGAUGAAGCCCUAGAUUUGGAAGCAUUUGUUGGCAAACUUUCAACCAUGCAUCCAAAGUUACCAGUUAUUCAAGCGUUGGCUGCAGAUGUUAGGCUGACUACCCAAUCACUUCUUUCUCAGCUUCUUCAGAAACUUCGCUCAAAUAUUCAGUUACCCGAAUGCCUUCGCAUUAUUGGAUAUUUACGGCGAAUAGGAGUAUUUAGUGAGUAUGGAAUGCGUUUGCUGUUCUUAAGAUGCCGAGAGGCAUGGCUUACUGGUAUACUCGAGGAUCUGGACCAGGCAAAUCCAUAUGAGUACUUAAAAGGGAUGAUCAACUGUCACAGAAUGCAUCUUUUUGAUGUUGUUAAUCAAUAUCGAGCAAUAUUUGCGGAUGACACAUCAGGAAGUGAGGAAAAUUAUGACGGUGGGCUUCUUUUUAGUUGGGCAAUGCACCAAAUUACCUCACACCUACAAACUCUGAAAGUUAUGCUUCCAAAGAUAACUGAAGGUGGAUCACUGUCAAAUAUUUUGGAUCAGUGCAUGUACUGUGCCAUGGGACUUGGUUGGGUUGGACUGGAUUUUCGAGGCUUGCUCCCAUCACUUUUUGAAGAAGCUGUUCUCAACUUAUUCUCCAAAAAUAUGAGUAGUGCAGUAGAAAAUUUUCAGUUGGUCUUGGAUUCACAUCGAUGGGUUCCCCUUCCCGGAGUUGGCUUUUCUGCACAUACUGUCGGUGAUGAAAAUCAUGAGGAUGUCACUCCGCCCUCUAAUUUGAUGGAGCAUCCACCUCUUGCUGUUUUUAUUAAUGGUGUAUCUGCAGCAAUGAAUGAGCUACGUCCAUGUGCCCCAAUAAGUCUAAAACAUGUCCUUGCCCAAGAAUUGAUUAAGGGAUUACAGGCUGUUUCUGAUUCAUUGUUGCUGUACAAUACAACUCGAGUUCUAAGGUCUAAUGAGUCAGGACUUUUCCUCUCACUCUGUCGGGCAUUUAUAGAGGCUGCCUAUCCUCAUUGUGCAACUUGUUUUGGGCGUUGCUAUCUGGGUGGAGCAACUCUCAUUAUGGAUGCAAAGAAUGUAUACAAUGGAAUCAGCCGCUUAUUAGAGACUUCCUCUGCAAGAGAACUCCCAAAACCAGUGAACAAUGUAGAAUCCAAGAGCGUAGCUGAGAAUGGCGAAUCGCCAAAAAUGGAAAAUGGAGAAACACCUGAUGCCAAAGAAUCUGAAGCCGUCAAUAGUGAAGAGGUGAAUGAAGAAGGCACCGAAGAAGGCCCUACUUUGCAGACAGAUCGGGAAGACACUAAUCUUGAAAAGCCACUUGAAUAAUGACAUUAGAGAUGACAGUUUUUAUUUUCUUGUUUAUGAUAUUGCUCCCCAUUUCAGUGUUUACAUUUUUGCCUUGGUUUUAUUCUUUGUAUACUCGAAGACAGGUCUCGUCAGCUGUAAUUAUAUUAUUGGAUUACAUAAAAUGAAUAGGCCGUAGAAAGCAUUGAUUGUAUUAGAGGAACGAAGAGGGUUUUUGGCAGAUAGAUUACUUGUAGAGAUCAAUUUUGUAUUUUUGGGGGCAUAAUGUUUUCAUACAUUGUUAAUAUACGCUGUACGUUCCAAGUGCCAUGCCAUAAUUCUCCUUUCGUUUA